AGCAGGCCCGGGGCUGGAAAGCGUGUGGUAUCAGCUGCACACAGGGAUUGGGAGGUCGGAGUGCACUCUGACCUGUCUCGGACAGCCCCGGAAUCCAUUCUCUCUCUGGAAUAAGAUAUAUUAGUAUGACCAUUGUUUUUAAAGGAAGAUGAUUGAAAGUGAAAAUUUAACUGCAAGUGACAUCAUUAAAGAACUGUGUUUGUGCAAUGGUUUAUCUUAUGAGAUGCUUGGACAAGAAGGAUCAGAUACUUCAAAACUGGAGAUGUUUUUCACAGGGUAUCCCCGGAUAGUUGGAUUAUCAUUGUUUCCUACCUUAUCGAGUCUUACAAUUGUUGCUCAAGAUAUAAAGGAAAUUUCAGGGUUGGAGACUUGUUCACAACUUAAAGAACUUUGGAUUGCUGAAUGCUGCAUAGAGAAAAUUGAAGGUCUUCAAGAAUGUAGAAAUUUGGAAAAAUUAUAUUUAUAUUACAAUAAAAUUUCCAGAAUACAAAAUUUAGAGAAAUUAAUAAAACUGGAAGUUCUUUGGCUGAACCACAAUAUGAUAAGUAAUAUUGAGGGCUUACAGACACUGAAGAACUUAAAAGACCUCAAUCUUGCAGGAAACCUGAUAAGCAGCAUUGGUCCAUGUCUUGACCCCAAUGAACAACUGGAAAAACUAAACCUUUCUGGAAACCAAAUUACUUCUUUCAAGGACCUUACGAACUUGACCAGGCUGCCUCGCUUACAGGAUCUAUCUCUGAAUGACCCUCAGUACAAAACGAAUCCAGUGUGCCAACUGUGUAACUACUCCACUCACGUGCUGUAUCACUUGCCUUCUCUUCAACGACUGGACACGUUUGAUGUCUCAGCAAAGCAGAUCAAGGAGCUAGCAGAUACCACAGCGAUGAAGAAAAUAAUGUAUUAUAACAUGCGAAUAAAAACUGUUCAGAGACAUCUGAAUGAAGAGCUUGAAAAACUGAAUGACAAAAAAUGCAAGUUACAAAAGCUCCCAGAAGAACGGAUAAAAUUAUUCAACUUCGCAAAGAAAACCUUAGAACGGGAAUUGGCUGAACUCAAGGGACCUGCUAAAGGGCAAAAUGAUAAUGCCCUGGAGGCCGAGAAACCCAAGAAUAGAGAGACUGCCGCACAAGAAUCAGGUCUUCAGCAGAAGAUCCUCACCAAACUGACUGCCCUGGACGAAAGGGUCACAUUCUGGAACAAGAAACUAAAUGAGAUUGAAGCAAUUUAUCAUAUUGAAGUAAAGCAGAAGAAGAAGAGCCAUGGCUUAUUGACCCCAUUUCUGCUGACCGAGCUGGAGACUGUGGGGAACAUCCAUUUUGAAGAAGGCACUCGAGCUGAUGACUGGUUUAAUUCCUGCUAUGAACUAAUUCUCUCACGAUUCUGUACCUGGGACUUCAGAGCAUAUGGUAUCACAGGGGUGAAAGUCAACCGCGUCAUUAAAGUUAACAACCGUAUGCUGAGACUGAAAUUUGAAGAGAAAUUCCAAAAGUGUUUGGAUCAUGAAGACAUGCAUGAUUUGGACUAUCGGAAGAUGCUGGAGUGUCUGUUUUAUGUUUUUGAUCCUGAAGUAACAGUGAAGAAGAAGCACCUGCUGCAAAUCCUUGAAAAGGGAUUCCAGGAGAGUGAGACAAGCAAGGUAGUGUCCGACACUCCCCCUCUCAGAAACGAAGCCGUUACCCUUGUGAACAGCCUCAGUAUGUGUGAGGGCCCCCGAAUUGAGUUCCUCCAGCAGAAGUGUAAGGAGGAGAUGAGAAGUCUGGCAGAUUGUGACCUCUUCAGAUACGGCACCAUCCUCAUUUCAAAGGUUUUCCUUGGCCAGAGUGUUCAGGCUCGUGAACAGGAGCCCAUCAGUAAAGCCAACUACCCCACGGUUAACUCAGUGUUCAUGCCUCAGAGACAUUUGCUAGAUUCUAUCCUGGGACAAAGACAUUGCGAUUGUGGCUAUCGGCAGUACAAGUGGUUUGUCUUUGACCAUGACCUUGUUUUGCCAGAGUACAUCGUUGAAUUUGAGUAUCUCACAGUGGUCAAAGUUCACUCUUUAUUUUCUACAUUAAACACUGUUAUUCUAGAAGAAGGCAAAAAAUAUUCUGAAGGAUUAGUAUUCUCGCAGGAUUUGAAAUUUGAUGAUGAGGUUAUGAAGAUGGAGCCCAAGAUUAAACCCCGGCCAAAACUCAUUAGUUUGGACGAUAAGACGAUAAUUUCCCUUGCUAAGACUAACGUUUACAGCCAUAUUGUGAAUCUGAAUCUACACGGGAAUAGCUUGAGUAAACUGAGAGAUCUUUCCAAGUUAACCGGACUUCGAAAACUGAAUAUUAGCUUUAACGAAUUUACUUGCUUAGAUGAUGUAUACCAUUUGUACAACCUUGAGUAUCUGGACGCCAGCCAUAACCACGUGAUCACUCUGGAGGGAUUCAGAGGCCUGAUGAAACUGAAGCAUUUGGACUUGAGCUGGAACCAGCUGAAGAAGACUAGCGAGGAGAUCAACGUGUUGUGCAAGCACACCACGAGCCUGCUCACCCUUGACAUUCAGCACAACCCCUGGCAGAAGCCAACCACAUUGAGGCUGAGUGUUAUUGGCAGACUGAAGACUCUUACGCACUUAGAUGGACUCCUCAUCUCUGAAGAAGAAACCAGAGCAGCUCUGAAGUUCAUUAAUGGAGCAAAGAUUACUCAGUUAACUCUCUUACAGAACUCUAGUUCUAAGGAGGAAAGACCUCGGAUGCUUAGUAUAUGGCCUUCUGCCAAAAUUCUGACACAGAUUUACAAGUUAGGACCACAUUUUCAUCUGACUGGGAACUGGUACUCGAAGAUAACUGCCUUAAAUUUAGAUGGACAACAUCUCUUUGAAAUCACAAAUCUAGAAAAAUUGGAGAAUUUGAAAUGGGCAUCAUUCAGCAAUAAUAACCUCUCCAAAAUGGAAGGCUUGGAGUCGUGUGUCAACCUGGAAGAGCUCAUAUUGGAUGGUAACUGCAUCUCAAAAAUAGAAGGCAUCGCCCGGCUGACUAAAUUAAGUCGCCUCAGCAUGAACAACAACCUCCUCACUGGCUUGGAGAAGCAUACUUUUGAUAACAUGCUUCAUCUCCACUCCCUUUCUCUCGAGAACAACAGGAUCACAUCGCUGAGCGCUUUACAGAAGAUGUUCACUCUGAUAGAGUUGUACCUAAGCAAUAACUACAUAGCUGUGAAUCAAGAGAUCUACAACUUAAAGGGUUUAUGCAACUUGGUCAUUCUAGACAUGUAUGGAAACAUUAUUAUAUGGAACCAAGAAAACUACCGGUUAUUUGUAAUAUUUCAUCUUCCGGAACUGAAGGCCUUGGAUGGAAUCUCAAUUGAACCUCCGGAGAUCGAGAAUGCAAAGGAUCUGUUUGGUGGCAGGCUUACGUCUGACAUGAUUGCUGAACGCCAAGGACACUCCAACUUUGUCCAAAUGCAAGAGCUAAACUGGACUUCAUCAUCCAUCAGGACUGUGGAUCUGAUUCCAGUUGACCACUUUAGGAAUGUGUGCAACGUGAACCUGCAGAACAACAACCUCACCUCGUUCAGCGGCCUCAUCUACCUGCCCAGUGUGAAGGUCUUAUGCCUCAACUAUAAUCAUAUUGAAUCAAUCAUACCUAGACUGAAACCUCAGACUCACUUAAGCAACAGACAGCUACUCUACCAGAAAGUGCCUUCAAGUGGCUAUGGACAGCAAGGAGCCUCAAAACUAAACAGAGAUUCAAUAAGCAAUGAAAAUUUGCCUCCAAUAAUGCAAAGUUUAGAGGUUCUUCAUUUGGGAUACAAUGGAAUUUGUAACUUAGUCCAGCUACAACUUAACCGACUGAGAAACUUAAAAUUCCUCUUUCUACAGGGAAAUGAGAUCAGCCAGGUGGAAGGGCUGGACAACUUGAUCGUCCUCCAGGAGCUGGUUGUCGACCAUAACCGCAUCCGAGCAUUUAAUGACAGCGCUUUCGCCAAGCCGAGUUCCCUGCUGACCCUCCAUCUAGAGGAAAACAGACUGAGAGAUCUGGGCAAGUUGCAGUCCUUGGUCAAACUGGAGAGACUCUUCCUAGGAUACAAUAAAAUCCAGGAAAUCACAGAACUGGAAAAACUUGAUGUCAUCCCUUCUCUCAGAGAGCUUACUGUCUAUGGCAAUCCAAUUUGUAGAAAAAUGGUACACCGCCACAUGGUCAUAUUCCGCCUGCCUAAUCUACAGAUGUUGGAUGGAAUUCCUAUAAAUGCAGAAGAUAGGGCAAAGGCUGAGUUUCAUCUCUCUGAACUACAAGCAAAGAAAAAUUCGAUAAUCCAGAGUAAUCUCCCCACUUCAAAGUCCUUACCUCAGUCAUACCUGCAAGCUCCUUUACCAUGUAAGCUCGUGCCUGUUACCAGCUCUCCUACAGAUGGUGGAUCCCUCUGCCACGUUAAAGCCUCUCCCAUUAAAAUAACCAAUGUUAUUCUGCCUGCUGGAUUUAGCCAUUUCUUGGGACCUGACUUCACCUUAACUCCUGAAGUUGAAGGUAUUUUUACAAAGAGUUUCAGAGAGAAUGUAAAAACAAACAAACAACAACAGCUAAAUACCUUGGUGGACAUAUUUUUACAUGCAAUCGAUCAAAUGUAUUAUGACUUGAUUUUCAAUCCCACAAGCAAUCGGGAAUGUGAGAAAUUAACACAUUUUAAUUACAAAGCAGGAGCCUACUUUGCUGAAUUGAAAGUAGAUGAUGGUGAAAAGCGGAGCAAGCUGGAAUUCUAUAGAGUGCGGAGGAGCAGCAAAUGGAGAGCUAAGUCUAAAAGGGAUGAAUGCAGUCAUUCAACAGUGAAGUCAAAAUUGGCGCAUUUCCCUGGUUAA